CACGCACCGCGAAUCACUUGUCAGCGCUCGUCUGAGGCGGAGGCAACGCAGCGCCGGACCCGAGUUUCACUUUCUGGGAUUGGACUUUGAGCCAUUAGAACCAUGAGCAACUACAGUGUGUCCUUGGUUGGCCCAGCUCCUUGGGGUUUCCGGCUGCAAGGUGGCAAGGAUUUCAACAUGCCUCUGACAAUCUCUAGUCUAAAAGAUGGUGGCAAAGCAUCCCAGGCAAAUGUGAGAAUAGGCGAUGUGCUUCUCAGCAUUGACGGAAUAAGUGCCCAUGGGAUGACUCACCUUGAAGCCCAGAACAAGAUUAAGGGUUGUACAGGCUCUUUGAAUAUGACUCUGCAAAGAGCACCUGCUACAUCCAGGCCUGAACCAGUUCCUGUGCAAAAGGGAGAACCUAAAGAAGUAGUUAAACCUGUGCCCAUUACAUCUCCUGCUGUGUCCAAAGUCACUUCCACAACCAACAUGGCCUACAAUAAGGCACCACGGCCCUUUGGUUCUGUGUCUUCACCAAAAGUCACAUCCAUCCCAUCACCAUCGUCUGCCUUCACCCCAGCCCAUGCAACCACUUCAUCACAUGCUUCCCCUCCACCUGUGGCUGCUGUCACUCCUCCCCCAUUCGCUGCAUCUGGACUGCAUGCUAAUGCCAAUCUUAGUGCUGACCAGCAUUCACCAGCACUGAGCGCUGGUAAACCUGCAGUUAAUGUCCCACGGCAGCCCACAGUCACCAGCGUGUGUUCCGAGACUGCUCAGGAGCUAGCAGAGGGACAGAGAAGAGGAUCCCAGGGUGACAGUAAACAGCAAAAUGGUAACCCCGGCACCAUGAAAAUCCCACCUAAACGCCCACCGAGAAAGCACAUCGUGGAGCGUAAUACAGAGUUUUAUCACAUACCUACUCACAGUGAUGCAAGCAAGAAGAGACUGAUUGAGGAUACUGAAGACUGGCAUCCGAGGACUGGCACAACUCAGUCUCGCUCUUUCCGCAUCCUGGCUCAGAUCACUGGGACUGAACAUCUGAAAGAAGCUGAACCUGAGAAUACAAAGAAGGCGAACGACGCCCAGGAGCCUUCUCAGCACGUGACUUCAUCGGCGGCGGCGGCACAGAGCGUGCCCGCAAGGCCCCAGAGCCCGGCCUUUGCCCGACCAGGGGUGGCCGGGCUCACGACUGCUGCUGCUUUCAAGCCGCUGGGACCCACCAGCGUCAUCAAGUCACCAAGCUGGCAGCGGCCCAACCAAGCAGCAGCUUCCACGGGAAGAAUCUCAAACAGUGCCACUUCUUCAGGACCAGGGGCACCAGCCAGCCCAGCUGCGGGGCAGCCGCAGCCAAGCGACCAGGACACGUUAGUGCAGAGAGCCGAGCACAUCCCAGCGGGGAAGCGGACUCCGAUGUGCGCCCACUGCAACCAGGUCAUCAGGGGACCCUUCCUAGUGGCGCUGGGGAAAUCUUGGCACCCGGAGGAGUUCAACUGCACUCACUGCAAAAACACGAUGGCCUACAUCGGGUUUGUGGAGGAAAAGGGGGCCCUGUAUUGUGAGCUUUGCUAUGAGAAAUUCUUUGCUCCUGAAUGUGGUCGAUGCCAAAGGAAGAUCCUUGGAGAAGUUAUCAAUGCUUUGAAACAAACUUGGCAUGUUUCCUGUUUUGUGUGUGUGGCCUGUGGAAAACCCAUUCGUAAUAAUGUUUUCCAUUUGGAGGACGGUGAACCUUACUGUGAGACUGAUUACUACGCCCUCUUCGGUACCAUAUGCCGCGGAUGUGAGUUUCCCAUCGAAGCCGGCGACAUGUUCCUGGAAGCUCUGGGCUGCACCUGGCACGACACGUGCUUCGUGUGCUCGGUAUGUUGUGAAAGUUUGGAAGGUCAGACCUUUUUCUCCAAGAAGGACAAGCCACUUUGCAAGAAACAUGCUCAUUCUGUGAAUUUUUGAAAGUCAACAGUUCAGGAGAAGAGAAAGAAAUUUGAAGAGAAAGAGGAGAAUUAAAAUUACCAAUUAAUUUUUAGAUUUAAUAUUUAUAUGGAUUUUUGAAAAAUAAUAGUAGCCCUGAAGGGAUAAAUUCCAGCUUUAAAAAUGAAAUCUAUGAGGAAAUAUUUGGCUUCAUAAUGUAAAGAGACAGUUUGACAUUUGUUAUUACUUGUUCCCUGUAUUUUCUGCCCAUAAAGUAACUUUUAUAAAAACCAAUUUCCUGAUUGACUAUUAAAUUCAUCUUAGAAUAAAUUAGUGAAAAAUUAAAUUUUAGAAUAAAAGCUGCAACCUCAAUGCUGAAAUCAUUAUGCUUUCUUUCCUUAUUAGGUAGGUAGUUAUGAGUAAAUCUGCAAAAGAAAGAAAAUGCCUUAUGCUUUAUCAGUAAGUGAAAUUAAAAAAAAAAAAUAGUGUCUAUCUUUAUAAUAGUAAAUAGGAGUUUAAACAGAUUUUGAUCAGCAGUAGGCGGUAUCCCUUUUUAAAAACCAUGUGCAUUUUUUUAAAGUUUUACAACUGAUCAUUCCAAUAGGAAAGGUCAAUAAGAUUUUGAUCAAAAUGUGUCAUGCCAAUAAGAGAAGGUAUAUUUUUUUCAUCCCUCUCAAAAGCCACCAUAUAGCUUAUAAAUCUCAAAUUUUCACCUUUUAUUAAAAUAUGACCAUUUUUAAUUCAUUGUGUAUGUUUUAUCACCUAUAGUAGUCAUACUCCCUUUUCCUCUCGUCCUUCAUGCUCUGGUAAAGAGCUAAUUGAAUGACUUUGGACUGUGAGAGUUUUCUCUCUCAAAGAGAAUGAGAAGAAAAGAAUGUAGUUGGGAAUUAUGAUGUAUUCCCCUCCCCAAAUCCCCCCUUUUUUGACAAUGAAUUAGUUUCGUAGUUGUACUACUGACUGAUGAAGGUUUGAGAACUCUCUUUGCACAAUAAUCUUUUUUCUUUAAUUCUGCACUAGAAAAAUAAAAGGUUGGCUUGGGUAUGUGAUAAAAUCUAGAUUUUUUUUUUACUUUUGAUAGUUCUCUUUCAGUAAUAAAUGAACUACUUCCAGAUGUGAUCACGAAGUUUGGAAAACUUUUAUGCAAAGAGAUUUGGUAGUAGAGGAGAGGAACAUGAUUAAUUACUCAGACUGGCCCAUUUUUUGUUUUCUUUAUUUGGAGGAAAAAAUACAUGGAUACCACAUGAAGACAGAGAAGUAACUGUGGUAAAAUUAUAGAUCCUAUUGACAUUGUCCCAGUAAGAAAAGAAAUUGCAGCAUUUGAUCAUUAUUCUCUUUGUUUCCAGGAUGGCUAAAAGCUCAUGAUCCCACUGAGUUAUAAUUUCAGUGAUUUGGAGCAAGGUGCUUUUAAAUUUGAGAGUGAGCCCCAAGUCCUUCCUCCCCUAUUUCUCACUAAUGACUUCACUUCCAUUGUGGACGUUUGUUGUAGAGGAAGUUUGGGGCUACAAUAUUUGUUUAACCUCCCUCAGAACUUUCCAAGGCAUCUGUCCUGAAAGCUGUUAACUUAUGGUCUAGCAGAUUUAAAUUAUAUGCAGAUAAUAACUAACUGGGGAUAAAAGAAUGAGGAGGGUAGCACAGAGUGGCAAACUGAAUGCUUCACCAGCAGAACCCCAAACCGCCUCCUCCCCUUCCACCUUGCGGGGAGGCAGGAUGUUUGAAUUGUGUAUUAUAUUUCUUAUUGCUGCUGAGACCCCUUCUAGAAGACAUACUGGUGAAUAUGUGCUGUCAUAUGUUAAUGCCAGUUAUUUGCUUUACACAAGAUAAAAUUAGUUGGUGGUUUUGUGUUGGUGUGGUAGAAGUUUCUUUUUGUUACAUAGUUUUGCUUUUGUAGAUUAUAUGCCAAGAUAGUGUUUGGUAAAUCAGUGGCAUUUGGGUAUUUUCUUCAAAGAAUUUUAUUUGACUUGGAUUUCUUAUAAAUUAUCUUAUAUUAAUAUAUCAUUUUUACUGGACUUUUCUUUCUGCAUGUUAUUCAUAGAGCAUAAUAUUGCAUUUCUCUAAAUUUUAUCCCUAAGAGGGUAACAUUGCUUCCUAAUUUAUCAUCGUCAUUAUGCUUUGCCCUUCUCUUCUGUGGCAAAGCUUUCUGCCGGUUCCUAAAACAGUUAAUCCUAUGAAAGAGAUAUUGAUUAUAACCCAGAAGGAUCCCUGUAUUUCCAGUGGGGAAUGACAUAUUUAACACAUCAGCAUUAAUCUCUUAAUAACUCAGGCAGAGCACUUUAUUAUUCUGGUGAGCUACCUGAAUAUUUAUUUUUCUGAUUAUAAAUGUUCUCUGUCAGUAGCAUUUUUAAAUUAUUACCUUUCUGCUGUAGAGCAUUCACUUCUAAUGUCCCUAGAUGUAUAUUUUGGAAUGCUGCACUUAGUACAAUACAGAUUAAAGCGUAGUGCGUGACUUUAAAACAUCCCCUAUUUGGUCUUCCCGGUUUGAAAAUGUCAGUGAUAGGUUCAGAUUUAAAACAUUUCUCUGGACUUACCAGAAUGUUGCUCCCUAAAGAAGCAGCCUAAAAACAAUCCCCUGUGCUUAUGCCUAUAGCAGCUAAUGCAUUUCCUGUUGACUCAGGUUGAAUUUAGAGUCUAAAACUAAAACCUAAUCAUUUGAUCAGUAUUAAGACUAACAGAAAUAAGUGUUGAAAUCUUCAAAUUAUUAGUGCAGCAUUAUGUUGAAAAAUAUCUACAACAAAAAUGUCUUCGUGGUACCAUUUUCAAGGGGUACUGUAUUAGGAUCACUUUUAUAGAAAAUAAUGUCUCCCUCUCCCUGUGCAAGUGUGAAUCUGGUCUGUUAACAUCUUUGUGAUGUUUGUAGUUUCGUCACUUCUAUUGAAAGGAGACGCUCUUCAGACAGGGAAGGGAAAACACAUUGAGUAAUAUUACACAAAUCUAAUGUGGCUUCAGUUUGUCACUCUGCAUCGCCCAAAUAGUUUAAGGUAUUGGGUUUAGAUUCUUGAUGUAUCAUUUGCCUUAUCUGUUCAUCUCUGUUUUUCAUUUCUUGAUGUUUUUAAGUUUGUAUAUAUGUCCAUGCUGUUUUGCUUUGGGGUGUAUUUUCUUAUUAAA